AUACCCUGCUCGUGACAAGGAAGUAGCUGAACCGGGAAGUACUUUGUUAUGAUUUAGCAGGUGGCUAGCUGGGCAACGGUCGAGCUGCAAGUACGGACAUUUAUUAAUGCAUAUCCAUCUUCCGAGCAUAAGCGUGAGGUUUUGCGCUAACAUUUGAUUGCUAUUUGGAACCGCUCGGCAUCUGACGCUUCACCAUGGUGGAGCCCACCGCCUCCGGCGUGUUCUGCAGCAGGAUGCUGAGCAUGGUCAACGCCGAGGACGUCAACGCCAUCAUCCAGGCUCAGAGACACAUGUUGGACCGCUUUGAGAAGACCAACGAGAUGCUGAUCAACUUCAACGGGCUCUCCAACGUGCGACUGCAGCAGAUGAACGAGCGCUUCUUGCUCCACACUCGCACUCUCAUCGAGAUGAAGAAAGAUUUAGACAGCGUCUUCCGACGGAUCAGGACACUAAAAGGAAAGAUUGGCAAGCAGUACCCAGAUGCUUUCAGUAACAUCCACGAGUCACACAUCCCGGAGGACGACGACGACGACUUGGACCCGGCGCCGCCGAGCGUCGCUACCGCCGCCGCCGCCGCCUCAGCACAGAGCUCGGACUGCUACGACUCCAGUCCCGACGUGGUCUCCCCCGCCCAAAGCAAAUCCUCCGAGGAGCUCUCGCAAGAACCGCCCGACACGCCCGGCUCCGACGUCCAUCGCACGGCCGGCCUGCAGGAUGAGGGCCCGGACUCGGUGCCUGCCGAAUAGCUCCGCCCCUCAUAUGUGGACAAGGCGUGGCACCCUCACCGAUGCACUUUUUUGACAUUUGCUGAACGAGGCAAACACAAAAUGGCAACAUUUGCAAGGAGUUGCUGUGGUCCACGUCUCACGCUCAGACGCUGACACAGGUCUUUACCCGACUUCAAACCCUGAUGUCACUCAUAGGCCACACCCCUUAAAGGCACACACAUGAAUAAGACCUAACCCUUGCAUUUUUCUCGCUUUGAUGUUGAAUUGAGGGAUGCUUUGUCAGCUAUCAGGCCAUAGCCUUCUCUAAUGCAAGUGAUUCUGCUGCCAUCUCAUGGCACAAAUAGGCAAUUACAAAAUUUUUCAUGUAACGCCACGAUUUACGGCAUCCCCGCAAAAAAGAUUUGAAUAGAUUUUAUACUUUAUUUAAGACGUUACAGAGUUUUUAUGGGGAGGGUCUGGCGGGAUGAUAAAUGGUUUUGGAUUUGAGAAGUCAAAAAUUUGGUCACAAUGAAUUAAAUUUGUGAGUCAAGUAGCAACUGUAGCGCAUUAACCACUUGGCUGUUGACAUAAUUUAAUAGAUGGCUGUAAAAAAACACUUAUGUCUUCAGCAUGUUUACCUAUGUCCGCUUUCCACCCAAAAGGGAUGUAAAAGGGCUGCUGCUGACUUUGGGGGACGCACCCUGGACCGGUCAUGAGUCAUUUGCAAGUCAUGAAUAUACAUAUAGACAAGCAAACAUUUACACUUAUAAUACAUUAAUUCACACCUAAAGAUGAUUCAAUCUUCAUUUAAAAAAAAAAAAAAAAAGUCCCCCAAAGGAAGAGCGGAGGUGAGAUUCAAACCCAGAACCUCAAGGCAGACAAGGGAAGGACACAUCCAACCUCUUCAUUUCUCUUGACUUGAACUUCAGAAGGGACCGUUCACAUAAAUCAAGAUUGAAUUGCCAAAAAUUAUGGAGUAUUAUCGUAAGCCGAGCAGGCUGUGAAGCUGUGUGUAAUUGUGUCUCCAUUAUAUGUUACACUUUGCAGUACAACGGCUACACACGGGAAUUGAUCCAUUAUUUUCAUUGAUCACAAUGAGCUUCAAUCUCCAAACUACAAUAAACUAAAUUUCUGCAUGUUGUAUACUCAUCAAAACCGUAGAAAUGCUAAACUAUUCAUUGUUUAUUGUUUUCAGAGUUACAACAUUGGUCUGAUUUACAGUGAUUGGUAAUCAUUGAGAAGGAUUUUAUGGACUUUAUUUACAGUAAACUAGAGGAGUAAGAUUUUUCUCACACUUUUUAACGGAUGAUGAACAUUAAUAUUAAAAAUAUUUGCAGUAUG